AAGUGCACAGAAGAAGAAACUACUACCAUGGAGGAAGCUUUGUAGCGUCUUCCUGAUAGAAAUUUCUUUAGCUCAGAGCUGACUGGACAUUUCUAACAAACUGCAUUAAAUAACGAAAGAAUAGUAGCUUCAAGCGAGCUAUAAACUGAUCUCAUCAAGACGAUCAUGUCAACAGAGAGGGACAUAUGAACUGACUGUUAGCAUUAGCAACUCACAACCCCACAAGCUCCGAGGGAUUCACUGCCAUCAUGAGCGAAGAUGACAAAUCCCCCACGGCGAACAAAGACAAGGAGUCCACGCUGUUGUUCACGAAGGACGGACAGAAGUAUUACAUGAACAAGAGCGGCGGGCUGGACAGUAGAAAUGUGGUCACGCCGCACGAAACGGAGAGCGCGUCCUACGACAUGGACGAUCCGGACGAGGAGGGAGACAUGCUGGACACGUCUGACCCCCGGGACACUACGGCCAGUCCGGAGGAGCUCAACGACGAGGAGGUGUCCGAAGGCGACAAUGCCCCCAAACAGUGCACGUAUGAGGGGUGCACCGAGACAACGACACAGGUGGCCAAGCAGCGCAAACCCUGGAUGUGCAAAAAACACCGCAAUAAGAUGUACAAGGACAAGUACAAGAAGAAGAAGAACGACCAGGCUAUGUCCAGCGGAAAACUGGAUGAGAGUGCAGAGGAACGCCCAGUGUCUGUGAAUAAGCAGCGUUUGGGGGCAAUGGGCGACCGUCCUGCCAGACCGUCCCUCAUUGAGCAGGUCCUCAACCAAAAGAGGCUGUCCUUACUGAGGAGUCCGGAGGUGAUCAGUUUCCUCCAGCAGCAGCAGCAGCUCCUGGCUGCUCAGAAUCGCGCUCAGUCUCAGCAGCAAUUUCCAGGCUGUUGACACCAGCCUUGGUCAGACAUCACUGUAGCAACCGUCCCCUAGGAAACACUGAAGAAGGGAUAGCAGAAUAUAUGUGGAAAAUUGUGCAUCUGGGCAGAACUUGACAAAUGAACUAAUAUCUUGAACUGGACAAGUAAUCACGAAACCAUCCAGCACUCUUACAAAUGCCCAAAGCCUGUAUUUAUGUUGACUUUAUGUGUUGUCAUAUAGUUAAUGCAGUUUUCUUGUGUUUGUUUGUCUUUAGAAAAAGAGUGUGGGUGAAAUAAAAUUGCCCCAAUUCUUGAAUAAUUCAAGAACUUUGGUGUUUUUAAAUGUAUUUUUAUGAAGAAAUUGUCAGAGUGACAAUCAAAUCAAUGCAUGUGUAGCAUUGUUCCCACGUAAUAUGACAUCCAAGUGGAGCUAUCAGGAAUUUUGAAGGGCCUUUAAGGAUUUUUAAAUUGUUAAAGAGAAUGUGAAACAAACAUGAUUAUUUAUUCAAAAAGUUUUUAAAGGGUGUAAAAAGUUUUCAAAGCACAUUGCUGUAUGUGACUGAAAUGUUUAUACCUGUUAAGUGAACGCAUCCCGUUCUGAAGUGAAUGCAAAUAAUUAAAAUGAGACAUUGUGUUUCUA